AGCUGGCCCGGGUGGAUGGAGUUGGAGGGGCGGAGUGCAGGCGGUGUGGCGGGAGGGCCGACAGCUGGGCCGGGGCGGAGCCCCGGGGAGUCGGCGCUGCUGGACGGGUGGCUGCAGCGGGGCGUGGGCCGGGGGACCGGCGGCGGGGAGUCCGGGGCCUGCAGGCCCCCGGUACGGCAAGACCCGGACUACGAAGCGCUGCCGGCGGGAGCCACUGUCACCACGCACAUGGUGGCGGGCGCCGUGGCUGGGAUCCUGGAGCAUUGCGUGAUGUAUCCCGUCGACUGCGUCAAGACCCGGAUGCAGAGCUUACAGCCUGACCCAGCAGCCCGAUACCGCAAUGUGCUGGAGGCCCUCUGGAGGAUUAUAAGAACCGAGGGCCUGUGGAGGCCCAUGCGGGGGCUUAACGUCACAGCAACAGGGGCCGGGCCUGCCCAUGCCCUCUAUUUUGCCUGCUACGAAAAGUUAAAAAAGACACUGAGUGAUAGAAUCCAUCCUGGGGGCAACAGCCAUGUUGCCAAUGGUGCAGCCGGCUGUGUGGCCACGUUGCUUCAUGAUGCAGCCAUGAAUCCAGCAGAAGUGGUCAAGCAGAGGAUGCAGAUGUACAACUCCCCCUAUCACCGGGUGAAGGACUGUGUACGGGCAGUGUGGCAAAACGAAGGGGCCGGCGCCUUUUACCGCAGCUAUACCACGCAGCUAACCAUGAAUGUUCCCUUCCAAGCCAUCCACUUCAUGACCUAUGAAUUUCUGCAGGAGCACUUUAACCCCCAGAGACGGUACAACCCCAGCUCCCACAUGCUCUCCGGAGCUUGUGCUGGAGCUGUCGCUGCCGCCGCCACCACCCCACUGGACGUUUGCAAAACACUGCUCAACACCCAGGAAUCCCUGGCAUGGAACUCCAACAUCACAGGCAUGGCUAAUGCCUUCAGGACGGUGUACCAAGUAGGCGGGGUGACCGCCUACUUCCGAGGGGUUCAGGCGAGAGUCAUUUACCAGAUCCCCUCCACGGCCAUUGCGUGGUCUGUGUAUGAGUUUUUCAAAUACAUCCUCACCAAACAGCAAGAGGAUUGGAGAGCCAGCAAGUGAGAAGGCACUGACGAAGCCAGGGGCCCAGACACCAGGCUGUACCCCACUCACUCUAGCCGCUGCCUCUGCCUCCCGGCAUGCUCCAGCCUCGAAUGGAGUUAGAAUUAGAGGGCUCUCCCUGGGCCAUUGGUACUUUGGCGAGCACCAGUUCCUGCCAGCCUCAAUGCCAGCACCUUUCCUUCCAGGCCCUUUGCAGAGCUCACCCAUGGCACAUUCUACCACCUCCAUCCCGGCCUGGUGACCACUGCAGGUUGUUUCCAUGGCACGUUCAACCGCCUCCAUCCUGGGCCCAUUGACCACCACAGGGCAGAUCUACAGCACAUUCAACUGAAUCUAUCCUGGGCCUGGCGAUCACUGCAGAGGUCAUCCACCAUACAUUCAACCACCUGCAUCCUGGGCCCAGUGACCACUACAGAGCGCAUCCAUGGCACAUUUGACCACCUGCAUCCUGGGCCCCAUGACCUGCUCUAAACUGUUAGAGAGGAAUACACAGCUCAUUCUCCUGGUUCCUAAUAAAAAAGCCGUUCAAUGAAA